CCUUCACUCUAACCCUGUUUCACUAAAUACACCGCCCGCUGUAAAUAAGAGACUGAGGACCGCAUCCGGAUCCUACACUUGGUGACUUUGGGCGGUUUCUUAUUGUUACGUCCGUUUACCGGAAAGCUGCCUGCGCUGCGCUGUCUCUUUUGCUACCACCCAUUACUGAUUAUUUUCUUCCGCUGUCGAUAGUGAGAGGCGGCCCUGUGCCCGGGCGGGACGGUACUCCGUGGCCCCGCAGUUGGAAUGUCCGCCCCGGCCUCUGACUGUGAGCUGUGCGGGGAGUUGAGCUCCCGGGGCGGCGAGCGCCGCCACUUCACGGUCCGCACCUCCUGCACCAUCCCGGGCGUCCUGAGCGGAGUCCGCCUCCUGCAGCAGAAACUCCAGGUACCUCUGACCGAGCUCGUCCUGCAGGAGAAGCAACAGGGACAAGGGCAGCGCUGCCCUGAAAGCCCGGCCUCCAGCACUGCCGAUGAAGAUGACGAAGAUGACAGUGAAGACGAACCAGCUGAUAAAGGAGAUGGAGAUGCUCCUCCUUCAAAAAGGACUAGGAAACAAUGUUGACUUACCAUCGGAAGCUGUCUAACUGCUCCAGUUUGAGAUGCUGCAAUGACGACUUCCUUUAAAAACACUCACCUUUUUAAAUUCAGGCAUUUCAUGGCUGCUGAACCUUUUCUAAUACUCAAAGAUAUUUUUGAAAGUGGACAAAUUUUGAAAAACCUGAUAUUUGUUUCUAAUGUAAACCAUAGAAAAUGAUAAUUCUACAAUGUUCUUGUUUUUGCUUUUUCAGAGAAAAUUAAGUCUUCAGACUGUGAGUGACAAAGACAGAUAUCUAGUGGAGAUUGUCUAAAAUGAUACAUGAAUAAGAACAUAGUGACUAUUUUAACAAGUUUAAUGAUUUUAAGACAGAUAAUCAAGUCUGUCAUUUACCCAGGUUCCCAUAGUAAGCCUAGAUGAUUGCUGUUAGAUUGACUGAUUCUGCUGAGAAGGCAGUGGGAGUUUGUAAUUAGAUUUCUUCAUUAAAACAGCACUAUACUUUUCAUGUCUUGCUGGCUCAGCUUCAGAGGUGUAGUACUGAAAAGAUUGAGUAAUUGUAUAAAAUGCUGUAAUAUGAUCCCAAACUGAAAUCAGGCUUGAUAUUUCAUGCUGUUUUUUGUUUUUAACGUGAUCUCUCACUGUAAUGUGUAAGCGUGCAGUGUUGCAGAUUUGGUUUUAACAAAAAAAAGUUCCUUACAUGAAGACUGAAUUAGAAUAAAUCAAAUUUUACAUAUUACAUUUAAAGGUUUUGAAACACAGUAGAAAUACAAUCUCAUUAAUCCCAAAAAUAUCCCCUUACAAUAUUCAAAAUGCCAGUGAGAAUGUUCUAUCCCACAUUGGAUUUGACCUGGCUGUGGCUUCAGUUCCCAGUCAUGAAAAUCUGUUGGCUUCUUCCUUAAUUGACCUUAUAACUGAACUUGGAUCAUGUGGAGGUGAGAAAUUGAGUUUUUACCAAACCCUGAGGGUCUAGAAUUUUUCAACUAAAUUAUUCACAAUGAGGUAACUUGUUUUAGCAAUUCUAAACAAUUUUCUCCCUUUCACAUGAGAAACUACCUUAUAUGUCCAGUGUUGGCCAAUUACUACGUGCAGAACUGACUUAACUUUGUAAUUAGCAUUUUAAUUUCACUUUAUGGGUGUUUUCCUUAGGCUUCCAAAAAUAACCCCAGAAUCUUCAAUCUGAAAGCAUUACUUUGGGAGAGUUUACAAGUGAACAAUGUAAAAGAGUUUCCAUUAACUUUAAGUUUUUUUUGAAAGUUUAAGCGUCAAGAGCCAAUUAAUCAUAAACUGCUUCAGGCACACACAACCUGCAUGACACUAGCUCAAUUCAAAAAUAAAUUACAUUAAAAUAUAUGAAUCACAUACAUUACUACUAUCAUAACACCAGCUACCAACAUUAUUGCCAUUAGUUGAUGCUGUGUUGUCAAAUGAUCACUUAGAGGCACAGCAUGAUUGCAAUGUAGAACCCACCAUGCAUCUUAGCCUAGUACCACUCACCCCCUCCCAUCCAAUGUUCCAUUUAAGCUACAUGACCUCAUGGUUUAUCAGACUGUCUGGGCAAGCCAACUGGUAUGUGGGCAUUGGACAUAUUUGCAACAGCAGAAAAACAUUAAAUCAUAGCUUUCACCUCACAUUGCGUGUUUUAACCAGUUAACUAUGCAACUCUUGCUACCACCACUGUCAGGCAUUGUAAUGCAACUCUGAAGAGUUCACCUUGUAUUUUUUAACAAAAUCUUCCAUCAGUGCUUGUUUUGACAAAUCAUUUUAACCUGUGACCACUGGUUCUGAAUCCAUCCAUCAAUGGAAACAGUUUCUUCCCCAUUAUACACCUGUCCAGAUUUUGAAUAUUUCUAUCACAUCUUUUUCAAGAGGGAUGGUCUGUUUUUCAAAUCUACCCACAUAACCAAAGCUUCUGAACUUUGAACAAUUAUGAAUCUUUUCUAAUGCUAUAAUCUCUCCUGCUGGACCCCAUACUUCAUGAAAGGCUGAACCAAUGUUUUAAACAAAAACUGAAAUUACCGGAGAAGCCCAGCAGGUCUGGCAAGAAAUGUGGAGAGAAAGCAGAGGCAAUGUUUUGGAUCCAGUGACCCUUCAGAACUGACUAUAGCUAGGUAAAGCUGGUACAUAUGCUGAAGGGGGGGGGGAGAAGAGAGAAACAAUAGAUGGCAAUGGAGCCAAGAGAGAACAAUGUUUCAAGUAUUUUUUUUGUAAAAUCAAACCUUCCUUAACAAGCAGUGCAAAAUCUGCUAUUCCUUAAGCUAAUGAAAUUAUUGUACUAUGAAUUUCUGGACUGCUAAUCAUUCUGUUUUGAAGAUGUAUCAGCAAGGAUCCACAAUGCCUGUUAUGGUUGGAAUAAAGUUGAAUCUAUUACAAAAUUAA